CUUUGAAAUAUCCAUCCACAGUUCUGCAGGUGUACAGUAAAAGGCUGCUGCUGCUGCGUUAUUUCUUUUAGAUGUGAGUGAAGCGCCUUUGGGAAAGGCUGAUUUAGAGGAGUGAGCGGGCGGUACCAGACUCGAUGAGUUUCCAUCGACAUGUCGGAAAAGUCAGGCCAGAGUACAAAAGCAAAGGAUGGAAAAACCAAGUAUGCAACGCUCAGUCUCUUUAAUACUUACAAAGGAAAGUCACUGGAAACUCAGAAAACCACAGUUGCCACACGCCAUGGAUUACAAAGUCUUGGAAAAGUUGCUAUUUCGAGGAGGAUGCCUCCCCCAGCUAACCUCCCUAGUCUCAAAGCAGAAAACAAAGGCAAUGAUCCCAAUGUGAACAUUGUGCCUAAGGACGGCACAGGAUGGGCUUCAAAACAAGAACAGCACGAAGAAGAGAAACAGCCAGAGGUGCCGCAGACACAGCCAAAACCUGCUGUUCCUGCUCCUCCAGAAGCAGCUCCUGUUGCCAAAUCGUGGGCCAACACCAAGCCAAGUGGUCAAGAUGGUAAGUGAUGUUAAAGGUACAGA